GAGCCCAAAAACACAGCGUUAUGAGCGAGGCGUUGAACCGGAACUACCGAGUCUGCGAGGAGAUCGGACGGGGGCGAUUCGGCGUCGUUUUCAAGUGCUAUUCGCCGGAAUCCGGUGAAUCCUUCGCCGUCAAGUCCAUCGACAAGCGCCUAAUCGCCGACGACUCCGUCGACAGACAAUGCCUCUUCAACGAGGCGAAGAUCAUGCAGCUGCUCUCCCCCAAUCCCUACGUCCUCCGCAUCUUCGACGUCUUCGAGGACGAGGAUCACCUCCAUCUCGUCAUCGAGCUCUGCCGCUCCUCCGAUCUCUUCGAGCGUCUCUCCGCUCGCCAGGUCUUCUCCGAGGCUGAAGCCCUUGCUGUUAUGGUACCAUUAAUGGAUGCGAUUGCUCAUUGUCACCGGCUCGGCGUAGCUCACAGGGACAUCAAGCCGGACAACGUUCUGUUCAACGAGUGGGACGAGCUGAAGCUAGCCGACUUCGGCUCGGCUGAGUGCUUCCACGAGAGCGAGCUGAUGAGCGGAGUGGUAGGGACGCCAUACUACGUCGCGCCGGAGGUGUUAGCCGGCAGGGCCUACUCGGAGAAGGUGGACGUGUGGAGCGCCGGCGUCAUUCUGUACAUAAUGCUGGCCGGAGUCCCGCCUUUUUACGGGGACUCAGCGGAGGAAAUCUUCGAGGCCGUACUCAGAGCCAAUCUCAGGUUUCCGGCGAGGUUUUUCAACUCUGUAUCGCCGGCGGCUAAGGAUCUGCUCCGGCGAAUGCUCUGUAAAGACGUCUCUAGAAGAUUCUCGGCUGAGCAAGUGCUGAGGCAUCCAUGGAUGACAAGCAACGGAGACAGGGAUGUGACUCUUCUAAACUAAACACUGUUACAAAACUAUGUGAAAAUUUACCGUGUUAAUUGACACUGAUGCCACAUGUAUAUAUACAUGUGGCCGGGGUCGAUUGACAUUGGUGCUAAGAAGCUACCACAACAUAUAUAUAUAUAACAAAUCUAUGUAUAUAGCUACCCUAGUAUUGUCCAUAUAUGACCUACCCGCCGCUGUAGUAGCCAAUGGCCGGUUUGUGUGUCCAGCCAUGUGCAGGGAGCUUUCAAGAAUGCAUGGCAGAAGGGAAGAGAGCAGAGGUUAUGAGUGUUUUUUGGAAGCUUUUGUUGAGUCACAGGCUGGGAGUGUAGUGCAUUAAUCACCCAAUGCUUUAAAUUAUUGGGGAUUUCAAUGCAAAUUUUCUUCUGUGUUGUGUCACUUUUGCUUUUUGUUUUGGUUUGGAAUGAAAUGUGAGACUGAGACGGAUGUGUUUUGGCUUUCUGAGGCAUAUGUUAAUGAAGUUUCCACUCAAAUUUUGCA